AUGGCUUCAAUGGAGCUCGCACUUGCAGCAUUACGUUCAGCGGAUCCUGGAGAAAAGCCCAAUAUUAGUUUGGUUGCAAGAACAUACGGUGUUAGCCAAUCGGGCCUUUAUAAACGUUUUCACGGUGUUACAGGCUCAAAAGAAGAGCAAUACGAUAAGCAACGAAUACUCACCACCACGCAAUCACGAGCGCUUAUAAAAUGGAUAAAUCAACUCACCGAGCGAGGCUUGCCCCCUACGAAUUCAAUGUUGGCGAACUUUGCAAGAGAAAUAUCUGGUAAAGAGCCUGGGAAAAACUGGGCUUCACGCUGGCUCAAGGCUCAUUCGGAUAAGGUGAUUUCUCGCUAUUCAACGGGCCUUGAUUCGGAUAGAAAAAAGGCAGAUUCGGCAUAUAAAUAUGCUUUAUAUUUUGAGCUUAUUGGACGGAAAAUACGGCAAUAUAACCUCGGCCCAGAGCAAAUCUAUAAUAUGGAUGAGAAGGGCUUCAUGCUUGGAGUAAGCACAAAACGGAAAAGAAUCUUUACUCGGCGCAAAUAUGAGCAAGGAGGCUAUAAGCAGCAUCUUCAGGAUGGAAAUCGAAAAUGGAUUACAACAAUUGGUUCAUUCAGAACGACUGGCCUAUAUCCCUUUGAUCCGGAGAUUCCGGCCAUCUCAAGCGAAUCCGGAGCUUCAAUUAUUCCUCCAGAAGAUUGGAGACGGCUUGAGAAGCUUGUUAAAACUGUUGUUAACAAUAUUUAUGAUGAAAAGGCUAUACAGCUUCGAGAAACGGUGUCACAUCUUUCUACUCAGCUUAUCUUGCUUCAAAAUGAGAAUCAAGGCCUAAAAAGAGCUCUCAUAAAUUCAAAGAAGCCUAAAAAAAAGAAACAGCCUUUAUUACUAGGUUUACCAUCAGAACAAGAUGGUGGAGCGCUUUUUAUGAGCCCUACUAAGGUUCAGCAAGCUCGUGAUAUUAUUUCUCAAAAAAAUGACGAAGCCGCGCAGAAGCAGGCUCAUAAAGAUGAUAAAAAGCUUCAACAACAGCUUAAAAAGCAAGCUAGAGAGGCUGAAAAGGUUGAAAGAGCUCAAAUCCGACAAGAAAAACGUGAACAGCGUGAGCAAGAGGCUGCGGAAAAGCAACGGCUUAAGGACGAGCAAGAAUUGGCUAAGCUAGCUGAUUUACAGCUUCAAAAUGAUGUUAUAGCAACUCCAAAGGCUUCAAAAAGGCCUACAAAGCAAAUUUCUAGGCAAGCAAAGCCAAGAGCGCAACCUGAGGCUCAUGUGGAGGAUAAUGAGGUAGUUGUUACUACAAACCGUAGGGGCCGCGCCAUACGGCCCCCUGCACUUCUCUCUUCUUUAUCAUUCCUUUGCCCCAGUUUCCCCGAAACACUGUGUGCCUUCCCCACGACCGAACUUGAAAAAAUGGUGUUCCAAUACCUUCUUGAUUGUAUCUCGAGCACGCUCGCCGCCAAGCCUCCCCUUGCACAGCCCAGCUCUUCUCCGAGCCCCGCGUCCAUUGCCUCUGAUAUCCUCACCAUUAUAUUGGCCGCCGAUAGCCCGUAUACUCUGCACAAACACCUCAACGAGAGAUUGUCCACCGAGAGUUGGUCUGAAGACAUAGCAACCGCUCUCCUUCUCGGUCUCGAGAACGCUAUCAAGACCGGUGCCCAGAUGGCAAAGGCUUCGCUCGAUGCGCUCGCGCAAGCGAAAGACACCGCGAUUGGAUUUGCCGAAGACCACCCAGUCUAUGCGACAUUGAUCGCAUUAGGAAUCCUGGCUAUUUUGAUGCCAUGGGCGCUUGAGAUUUUGGGGUUUGGUGACCUGGGACCAAUUGAGGGAUCGUUCGCGGCUCUUUGGCAGAGCAAGUAUGCUGGAUAUGUGCCCAAAAAGUCCUUGUUCAGCUAUUUUCAGAGGCUGGGAAUGAAGUGGCACUGGAUUGUGUAAGAUAGCGAACCAUGCGUUCAUACCCACUGAGCCCUGUGAGAGUCUACACCCUGUCAACAUUUAUUUCAGUGUUACACAAAGACACCGCGACGAUCAUACCGCGAACCGACAAUCAAAGGCUCAAUGGUCAUAAUUGAGGAUGAUCUCAAGCAACAGCCGUUUUCAUGUUCAGCUGCAGAAAAGUCAAUGCUUUUGGAUAAUUACACCUAAACCAAAUCAGAAUCAUCCACUUACUGU